CCAUGCGUUUAAAACCUAUUGCUAGCUAGCACGCUUUAGCAAAAAUAAAAGUAAAUAAUGAAAAAAUAAAUAGCCAGAAUAAGAAAACAUAACUGAAAUGAAAUGAUCUAUUUAGCGCCCAAUAAUAUAUAAUCACUUAGCGAAGAGAUAUGCUUUAUUUAUUUAUAUUUUUACUACUUUCGGUUUAUAUCGGGCAAUAGAGUUAAAAUGUCUGUAUUUAUGGAUUUAAAUAUAAUCGCAGUCAAUGACAAAAAGAAGCUACUUAGUAUAAUAGAGACUGCUGCUCACCUUGGCUACUCCACGAUUGCAAUUAACUAUGUAAUGGAACCCCAGCAAAAGAAACAGCAAGUUCCUAAGCCUCAACCAGUUUCAGAGCUGUGUGAGAAACUCCCCAUCGUACAGGGAAGAUCAAGACCCAUUAAAGUGCUAAAUCGUUUGACAGUGGUGGCCACAGAUGCUUCUCAUUUUAGACCUUGCAAUGAAUACAAGUUAUUUGACAUUUUGGCUGUAUAUCCUAAAACAGAAAAGGUUUUUCAUACAGCCUGCAUGACCUAUGAUGUGGACAUCAUCUGUAUAGCAGCUACUGAAAAACAGCCCUUUCACUUCAAAAGGUCACCAGUAAAUGGGGCUAUUGAAAGGGGAGUGUGCUUUGAGAUAACCUACACAGCAGCCAUCAGAGAUUCCACCAUGAAGAAAUACACCAUUGCUAACGCUAUCAACCUUGUGGACGUGUGCAAAGGAAAGAAUGUCAUUGUGGCCAGUGGAACAGAAGCACCCCUUGAGUUGCGCGGCCCAUAUGACAUCGGCAAUCUGGGGCUUGUGUUCGGCCUGUCUGAAGGGGACAGCAAAUCUUCCAUCUCUACAACCUGCCGAUCUGUAGUACUGCAUGGAGAGACCCGCUCCACUGCACUGGGUAUCAUUCACACAGUGAAGAGGAGCCAGCCGGCUACUGAACAGCCAGAGGAAGGAACUCCAUCCUCAAAGAAAGCAAAAACUGAAACAGCUUAAUUUUACACUUACAGCUGUCUGUUUAAUAUUAGUUUAUGAAAUGAGAUGCAACAGAGAGACUGAUAAGACAACUUUUAUUAAUCUUAGGACCGUUGUGACCAGAAAUCCUAUGUUUGACACCUGUUACUACAAGUGUUUCUACAUUUAUUUCUCUUUACAUGUGAUCCAACCUUCAUUUAAGUCAUAAACACAUUCUGCAUCUUUAUUAUGUAUAUUAUAGAACAUUUAUUUACAGUGCAAGCAAAAAAAUGUAUAUGUGAACCUUUUU